CAAGAACCCUAGUCAUCACGAAAUACAUUGAAGAAUGAUAAGAUCUGUUGCACAUCGGUUUUUCUAGCUGUGUGCAUGAUGAUUGAUAAUGACGAUUUGGGACAUAAUUGUUGGUACUCUUUUGAAGACCCUUUUCCUCCGCCAAGUUCUUCCCCAACAUACAAGUUCACAGUCAUUGCCACCGUGAACCCUUUUGGUUAUGAAGAAGGAAUGCUUUGGUUACCCUCUUAUGUUCUCGACGAGGUAUGUAUGAGUAACCGAGACCAAAAUCAAAAGGUCCUAAACCAACAAAAAUUGGUUGAUCACAAAUCAUUUGGAGAAUCACAGUCACAGUAUUCAAAAUCCACCUCAAGAUUGUCGUACCAAAGGCUGAAACUUGCAAAUUGUGGCGUUGGAAAUGGAAUGCGAGCUAUUUUUUUAGAACCAAGUCAUGGAUCGUGUGGUACCGGCGUAUUCUUACCUCAAAGAGCAGAUACAAAGUUCCAGCCAAGAAAAAAGCCAGCUUGUGCACCGGUCUUACUUCCCGCUCGAGUUGUUCAAGCUCUAAACAUUAAUGUGCAUGCAUUAGGUGUGCAGAUAUCACCCCCAAAAGCUCAAAAAUACAAACCAAGAUGCGGCGAAGUGUACAAUAAUAAUUCAACAGAAAUGAAAAAUGAUGGGAAAGAUGCAUCUAAGCAAUGUAGUUUUAUAUCUCAGAAACAAUGUUCUUCUCAAGGGAUAUUUCUCCCUAAAGAAUGGACUUACUAGCUAUCUCUUCAUUUGGAAAUAAGAGAGCAAUUAAAUUUGUGAGGGACACAAAUUAAAAGAUUAUGUAACUAAAUGUAAAUAAAUAAAACAAUCAUUUCUGAUGCAUAUAUAGUAUGCAUAGUUUUAUUCAAUUGCUGAUUUG